AUGCUUGAUGGGUCAAGCCCCCAGGCUGGCAAAAUUUGGAAAAAGGCUAACUUAACCUUUUCCUUUGAUGGCAAAUCAAUGACUGAGACCUUCCUCAUUUGCAACACAGGGUCUCAUGCCGCCAUCCUAGGGCUAAAAUGGCUAGACGCACAUAAUCCAGAAAUUGAUUGGAACGCACGGACCCUCUCCUUUCCCCAUGCACCACCAGAACACGUGGCUAUUGCCAAAGAAGAGGAAGCAGACAAAAACCCUCUUGAAGGAGUACCCUCCAAAUACCAUCAGUACGCCAAGGUAUUUGGAGAGGAAGAAUUCAACAAGCUUCCCCCUCAUUGGCAUUAUGACAUUGGGAUUGAACUGACAGAGGAAGGGCCUCUUAACUUGCCCCUUUACAGUAUGACCAAUGCCAAGUCCGCCAUGCCUAAGGAUUGGCUCAGGGACAAGUUGAAAGCUGGGAAGAUCUGUCCCAGCAAAUCCUCAAUUAGCUCCCCCGUCAUGUUUGUCCCCAAAAAAGAUGGCUCCUGCCGCUUGGUAGUUGACUACCGUUGCCUGAAUAAUUGGACCAAAAAGAACGUUUAUCCAUUACCCUGCCCAGACAACCUCAUGGCCCAACUCCGUGGUGCCAAGGUCUUUACUAAGCUAGACCUAUGCUGGGGGUACAACAACAUCCAAGUUAAGGAAGGUGAUGAGUGGAAAACCGUGUUCCGUACCAAAUAUGGCCUUUACAAAUCCCUGGUGAUGACCUUUGGCUUGACAAAUGCCCCUGCCUUGUUCCAACACUUCAUGAACAAACUAUUUAAGGAUCUUCUAGAUGUAUGCGUCAUUAUCUACCUUGACAAUAUCUUGAUCUAUUCCAAAAAUGAAGCGGACCAUACCCAACACAUUCACAAGGUACUAAGGCAGCUAAUGGAUAACCAAUUAUUCUGUAAAGCAUCCAAGUGUACCUUCCACGUCACAUCUGUGGAAUACCUAGGGAUUAUUGUUUUGGACAAAGGUUUUAGUUUGGAUAAGCUCAAAAUCCAAGCAGUCCAGGAAUGGCCAGUACCAACUAAGGUCAAGGAAGUCCAAUCUUUCUUAGGGUUUGCCAAUUUCCUACAACAGUUUGUUGCCAACUUCAGUCACAUAGCCAGGCCACUACAUAACCUGGUCAGGAAAGACACACCGUGGAGAUGGGAUGUCAAAGAACAGGAAGCCUUCCAGGGACUAAAAAAUGCCAUAACCAAUGCCCUGGUCCUCUGCCACGCCGACCCAUCCAAACUGUACUUCCUGGAAACAGACGCCUCUGGCGCAGCCUUGGGUUCCAUACUUAGUCAACAACAAGAAGAUGGUUGCUUGCACCCAUUAGGGUUCCUAUCCAAAUCAUUCAAGGGAGCCAAGCAAAAUUACAACACGCACAACAAGGAGCUCCUAGCUAUUAUCCGCUCCCUUGAGUACUGGCGCAUCUUCCUAGAAGGAACUCUACACCCAAUCACUGUGUUCACAGACCACCGCAACCUGGAGUACUGGAAAGAAUCCUGCACGCUCAACCGUCGCCACGCACAAUGGCAUCUCCUACUAGCAGGAUAUAAUUUCCAGAUCGUCUACCGUCCAGGGAAACAGUCAGGGAAACCGGAUGCUCUCUCACGUUGCUCAGAUCAUGCCGACAUUCCUCCCGCCAACCAAACAAUGCUUCCAGACCCUGUAUUUGCUAACGUAGCCUUGGUAACCCCUGAGAAGGAGCUCCAAUGUCAAAUUGAGGCCGCCCUAGAUCAGGACAAAUCACUGGAGGAAAUAUUACAGUUCCUCCAGAACAAGUCUAAGGCACCACCCUCUAUCAAACGCGCAUUCAAGGAUUACAAGAUGGAAGCAGGCCUGCUAUUCUACCAAGGGCGGAUUGUAGUCCCUGACGUUGGAACACUAAGGGCAGACCUACUCUGCAUCUUCCACAACAGCCCCUUGGCAGGACAUCCAAGAAGACAGCGCACCCUGGAGUUGGUAUCAAGGAACUACUACUGGCUGGGCAUCCGUUCUGACACAUACUGGCACAUUGAUUCCUGCAAAACUUGCCAACGGAUCUGGAAACCAAAGUACGCAUCUAUCCCACCUCAACCUCUGGAACUCCCAUCACGCCCCUGGCAACACAUGUCAUACAAUAUGAUAGUAGACCUGCCCAAAGACAGAAACAAUGACUCUAUCCUAGUCAUUGUGGAUAGCUUUACCAAAUACGUCAUUCUGGUAGAGUGCUCCAAAAAGCUCAAGGCCCCGGAAUUGGCAGACCUAUUUCUACGCCACAUAUGGAAACGCUACGGCAUGCCUGAAAAGACAGUAUCAGACCGUGGACGGGUUUUUAAUAACAAAUUCCUAAAAGCCCUGUACCAACGCCUGGGUAUAGAUCCCCACUUCUCCUCAGCCUACCACCCUCAAAGUGAUGGGCAGACAGAGCGCGUAAAUCCCACGGUUGAACACUUCUUAUGGGCCUAUUCAGGAGUAAACCAAAGGGACUGGGUCAAAUGGUUACCAAUGGCGGAGUUUGCCUACAAUAAUGCGGUGCAUAGUUCAACAGGCAAAUCUCCUUUUAAGGCACUGUACGGUUGGGAACCCUCCUUGACCCCAAGUAACGUCCCAACAGACGUCCCUGAGGCAGACAACUUGGCAACCCAAAUGGAGGCACAAUGGCGGGAAAUAGAGGCUGCGCUCCGGCAAUCAAAGACACGCAUGGUGGCCGGAGAAGCAGGAGAACCACUCGAAUUUGAAAUUGGGGAAGAAGCCUGGCUAGACGCCAAGAACAUGAAGCUAAAGACCCUGAGUCCUAAGCUAACCAAACAACGCCUAGGACCCUUCAAGGUAACCAAGAGAAUCUCCAACCAAGCAUACCGCCUAGAACUCCCGCCAACAAUGAGAAUCCACAAUGUCUUCUACAUGGGACUUCUGUCAAAAGUCAAAAGGGACAAAAAGCGCAGCUUUGAGAACUGGCCUCCACCUGUCACCGUGGAUGGAGAAGAAGAAUACAAGGUCAAAGGAAUCACAGACAUGGAAGAAAGGGACGGGAAAUGGUUCUUUAGGGUAAAAUGGAAAGGCUACGGAUCAGAGGAGAAUACCUGGGAGCCAAGGGAAAACCUCAAAAACGCCAAAAAAAUCCUAGAAAAAUUUGAAAAAGAAAUGAAAAAGAAGGCCCUUGGCGCUGCCAAGGCCCUUAGAGGGGGGGCAGUGUUGUAG